AUGGUGGAAGACCUUCUUCAGCGAGAUCAUCAUCUUCUGGAUAGACAUGGUGCCAUUCACAAGGCGUCUCGGGGUGGAUUUCAAAGAAUCGUGCAGCUCCUUCUGGACGAUGGAGUCGACGUCAACGAGAAAGAUGAUGACCAAAUCACUGCGCUGUGUGAGGCGUCGAGGAGAGGACACAAAGACAUCAUCGUAUUAUUGCUGGAGCACGGUGCCGACAUAAAUCUGGCAGGCCCAGGGAAACAGACUGCGUUGUCAGCGGCAGCUGAGAAUGGUUUCGACAAUGUUAUGAAGUUACUCCUUCAGCAAAAG